UUGUUGCGUGACCAGUUGCUGAAGCACACCAACCAACCAAUGUCGUUAUAAUAUGGAGAACUAUGACCGGUGACCGGCUCAAAACUACUCGCUGCACUUUUUGAACGAUUUUCGACAACGUUUUAAUGGAGCUUACAAAUGCAAAGAACGGCGAAAUUCAGGAAUCAGGCAGCCAGGAAAAUCCUAGUGACGAAAGAGAGAAUAUUUCGCAAUCGGUCGCAAAGAAAUACAAACAAGAUGGCGUCUGGUCGUGGAUAGUUUGUUUGUCUGCUUCUUUAUCCAUUGCUAUUGCUAUUGGCAUUUGUUUUAGCUAUGGARUACUUUUACCAGUGUUUGUGGAUUAUUUUAAAGUCAGUAGGGAAAAAGCAGCUUUGGUUGGUUCCUUGGCUAUGUGUUUUACGUUUCUCUUUGGACCUGUGGCCGGUAUCAUGGUACAGCGGUAUGGUUGCCGGGUAACCACUAUAGUUGGUGGACUAACCUGUUCAGUAGGUCUCUUUUGCAGCUCUUUGCCCAACAAUAUAUACAUUCUCUUUGUUUCGUACAGUUUUCUUCAUGGGUUUGGCUCUAGUCUUAUCUUCAAUUCUUGCCUGGUUGUCGCCUCGUUGUAUUUUAGUAAACGCCGGUCUAUUUCUACCGGAAUCGUCACCGCUGGCCAAGGUAUGGGAGUUCUAAUGUUUGGUCCAAUCAUCAACUCACUGGUAACCGGAUUAGGUUGGCGCAAGGCUUUCUUGGUGCUUGGAGGCAUAAUGUUACUAGUUUGUUUCCUAGCAAUGACCUUUAGUAACAAUGUCGAGAAGGCCGACGAGAAUAACCGCGAAGUGGCGGCCAACAAACACAUUCGUCCUUUCGAAGGUCCUCUCUAUAAAAACGCAGUAUUCGUGGUGAUCACUUUAGCGGCUUGUAUAUGUAUGUUUGGAGAAUAUAUCCCUCAAGUCCAUAUAGUGAGUCACGGUAACGAUCUGGGGAUUUCCAGCAAUGAUGGAUCCAAGUUGUACAUCUUAUUCGGCCUGGGUUCUUCAAUAUCUCGUAUAGGUACGGGAUUAUUAUGUGAUUUCUACGCGUUCGUCAAUCCCCGUUGGUUGUUCCAGGGCACAGAGUUCUUUAUAGGAAUUGCUAUUAUCCUCAGCACUUUAUCCAAAACCUACACCAGUCUGGCGACAUAUUUCUUCUUUUACGGUUUCUUUGAGGGGAUUUACGUCACAACGCUGAAUAUUCACUUACUGAAUUGCACGGUCGUGGACAAAAGAGCAAUGGCUUUUGGUGUGUCUGUUGCAUUGAAUGCUCUCUUCACUGCCUCUGGUCCACCUAUUGCAGGUCUGAUGGCAGACAAGUUCGGCUCGUAUAACCCCUCUUUCUACAUGGCUGGUGCAUUCACUAUUGUUGGGGCCAUUGUACCCUUUGCGAUCCCGCGAUUAUCGCACAUAAUCUCAAAGCCGUCAGUAAGAGAACAUGUGUCAAUCAAUGACGAUCCUCGAAAUAACACAGAACUGUUGCUUGAAACAUCUAUCUAAGCUCACAGAUUUCGUAAGUUCGAAAUUAAUGGCAACGCUUUUUGUUCGAAGCCUCAGAUGGACGCUUAUUCCAUGGCAACGAUAUGCAACAACAUGCAGUGUUAUUGACCCCUCUUACAUAAGACCAUCUAUUUUAGCACCCAUUUCGAUCCUUAUUAACACCCGUAAUAACGUGUUUGAUGCCUUUUUAAACCCCUGUUAUAAUUCAUAACAAACGUUUGGUAUUUAGAAGGCUACAAAUCACCACCAUCCCAACGGAUCAAGUAGAUAAAAAUGAAAAACAAAAAUUUAUAAUAAGAUAAUUUAUAGUAUAUUAAAAACUACUUUAACGUUUCC